GUCCCAGGGAGUGCUGCCUGUGCGGCGACGUCGCCACCCUGGAGUGCUCUGAGUGUUUCAAAGAUAAAGUAUUCGCAGCGACGGGCCUGAAGCAGUUCUGCAGCUCCUGCUCCAGACAGGUUCACUCCCAUUACCAACGCAAAACACACAGACCAACCAAGCUGCACAUCCCAGAAGAAUUUCAGAGCCGGAGCCCCCGGGGUAACCAGCAGGUCCCUCGUGAGAAGAUGGAGCUCUUCGCAGUGCUCUGCAUCGAGACCAGUCAUUACGUCUCCUUUGUGAAAUACGGCCCCGAGAACGAGCACUGGAUGUUCUUCGACAGUAUGGCUGACAGGCAUGGUGAUGAAAACGGCUUCAACAUUCCCAUGGUAACGUUGUGCCCUGAAGUUGCCAAAUACCUGGACUUGCCACUGGCUGUACUGGCCUUGGAGCAACCUCGGGAUAUGGAUGGAGUGGCCAAGCGCCUCUUCUGCGACGCCUACAUGUACAUGUACCAGAGCAAGAAGAUGGCACUUUACAAAUGA